AUGCCAAUUGAAUUAGGACUAAACAAGAUCUCUUCCCUGCUCACAAAGCUAGGGAAUCCACAAUUGAAAUCAAACUUCAUCCAUAUCGCAGGUACCAAUGGGAAAGGUUCAGUUUGUGCAUAUUUAUCUUCAAUAUUAGUUUCAAAUACAAUUAAUAAUUUCAAAAUUGGUAAAUUUACAUCACCACAUUUAUUAGAUCGUAAUGAUUGUAUCACAUUAGAUAAUGUUCCAGUUCCAAUGGAUAAAUUUUUGGAAAUUGAAAAACAAAUCUUGGAAAUAAAUUCAAAAUUUCAAAUAGGUGCUACAGAAUUUGAAAUAUUAACUGCAAUUGCUUUCCAAGUUUUCAAAUUGGAAAAAGUUGAUUUAGCUGUUUUAGAAGUUGGACUUGGUGGAAGAUUAGAUUCAACAAAUAUUGUUUCAAAUGCUGAUAUUGAUGAUGAUCUAAAAAUCAUUAAAAAGGGGGUAUUAAUAACUGGUAUAACUAAAAUUGGUAUGGAUCAUGAAAAUAUCUUGGGUUCAACUUUAAAAGAAAUUGCUAAUGAAAAAGCUGGAAUUAUUAAAGCUUUAACACCGAAUGUCAUAGAUGGAACAAAUCAUAAAGAUGUAUUAGAAGUAAUACGGGAUAAAUGUGAUGAAUUUGAAACUCGUUCUUUUGAAGUAAAUCCUAAAUCAAAUGAAAUUCAAACAAAUUGGGGUAUUAUUGAUAGAAAUAUUUCACCAUUACAAGGUGAUUAUCAAUUACAAAAUUUAUCAAUAUCUUUAAAAAUCUUAGAUUUAUUAUUCCCAUUCUUAUACAAAAAUUAUCCAAAUUUUUUACAAUUUAAUCAUGAAAAUAUAAUAAAAGGUAUCAAGAAUGUUCAAUGGGCUGGAAGAUUACAAACAAUUUAUUUACAAUAUACACCAAAAGAACAUCCUGUUAGAGUGUUACUAGAUGGUGCACAUAAUGGUCAAUCUGCGGAACAAUUAGGUGCAUUCUUAGAUUCAAAAUAUGGUAAAGAUUCAUCUAAAACUUUUAUUAUUGCAGUUACAAAAGGUAAAGAUUUAAAAUCAUUAUCAUGUCCAUUAAUUAAACCACAAGAUAAAGUUAUAUUUACAAAAUUUGGUCCCGUGGAUCAAAUGCCAUGGAUACAGGCAAAUGAUCCAAAUAAUCUAAAAGAACAAAUUUCUGAUAUUACUCAAAAUGUUAUUAUUGAACCUGAAAUUGCUAAAACUUUUAAACAUGCUGAACCUGGGAAUGAAAUUGUUGUUUGUGGUAGUUUAUAUUUAGUUGCUGAAGUUUUAAGAUUACAUAGAGGGGAUUUCAACAAAUAA